UCCAGUGUUGACAGGCCGAUAACCGCCCAGAGCCACUCAGCGUCCAGCUCGAUGCCAGACAAAGAGCGCUCUCUCUCUUCCCACCGGCUUCAAACUUCGCCUGAAAAAAACUCCUCCAUUUUUAACGACAAUCGCUUUUUAAAAAGCUUUAUUUCUUUUUUUCGCGUUCGGAUCUCCGGGUGUUGCAGACAAAAGAAUAAGGUAAUUUCUCUCCCUCUCUCUCUCUCCUCGCAGCGCAGGACAAACCAAACAGACCCCGCCUUCGCUCAGAUUGUCAACAAAGGGGUUUGACAAGCUCGGAAAAGCCCUGCCCCCAUGUUUCCAUAAAAGGAUGAUUUGGCUUCGCACGGCCAACAAUCCAACCCGGGGUAACCUUUUCUUUCCACCAUCCGCUUCAUAUGGUGCGCUGACUUCCUCCGGUGCUGCGAGAGAGCGGAGCUAUGAUGGCGGAGCGCGUACAGCCGCCCCCGGCCAAGCGCCUCUGCUGUAGACAGGGCUACGGCGCGACAUGUCGGCAAGGCCAGCGGGCCGCGGGGGCUCUGUGCGGCGGCUCGGCGGCCGCCCAGGGCGAGCCGAGCCGGACCCAGAGCCCGGAGUCUCUGCUGGACAUCGCGGCGCGGAGAGUGGCGGAGAAGUGGCCGUUCCAGCGGGUGGAGGAGCGCUUCGAGCGGAUCCCGGAGCCCGUCCAGAGGCGGAUCGUGUACUGGUCCUUCCCGAGGAGCGAACGGGAAAUCUGCAUGUACUCGUCGUUCAACGCCGGCGGCGGCGGCGGCGGCGGAGAGGAGGUCGGAAGUGGCGGCGAGAGCGCCGAUGAGACGCGGCUGCCGUUCCGACGGGGCAUCGCUCUGCUGGAGAGCGGCUGCGUGGACAACGUACUGCAAGUCGGUUUUCACCUCAGCGGGACGGUUCGGGAGCCGGCCACGUCCUCCGAGCCAGAGCUGCUGUGCAACGUGAGCGUCAGCUUCGACCGCUGCAAAAUCACAUCGGUGACCUGCAGCUGCGGCAACAAGGACAUCUUUUACUGCGCCCACGUGGUGGCGCUCUCACUGUACCGAGUACGGAAGCCCGAGCAGGUCAAACUGCGGCUGCCCAUCUCAGAGACGUUGUUCCAAAUGAACAGAGAUCAGCUGCAGAAGUUUGUUCAGUACCUGAUCACGGUGCAUCACACGGACGUGCUGCCGACGGCGCAGAAGCUGGCCGAUGAAAUAUUGUCGCAGAACUCCGAGAUCAACCAGGUGCACGGAGCUCCAGAUCCAACGGCGGGGGCGAGCGUGGAUGACGAGAACUGUUGGCAUCUGGAUGAGGAGCAAGUGCAGGAACAGGUCAAGCUCUUUCUCUCCCAGGGCGGGUACCAUGGCUCGGGAAAGCAGCUCAACUUACUGUUCAGCAAGGUGCGAGAGAUGCUGAUGAUGAGGGACUCCAACGGAGCUCGCAUGUUAACGCUGAUCACGGAGCAGUUCAUGGGUGACCCCAGGCUGGCGCUGUGGAGGCAACAGGGGACCACCAUGACUGACAAGUACAGGCAGCUGUGGGACGAACUAGGCGCCCUGUGGAUGUGCAUCGUGCUGAACCCUCACUGCAAAGCCGAGCAGAAGGCCGCGUGGCUCCGGCAGCUCCGCAGGUGGAACGGCGUGGACGUGUGUCCCCUGGAGGACGGCAACCACGGCAGCGAGCUGAUCAAUCUGACCAACGCGCUGCCCCAGGGCCCCGCCGGCAAUCCAGACUCUCUGACGCGGCCUCAUCGGACCGUCUUCACGCGAGCCAUCGAGGCCUGCGACCUGCACUGGCAGGACCCCCACCUGCAGCACAUCAUCACCGAGGACCACUACAACAACUACUGUUACCACGACAACCUCGACAGCUCCCUCUUUGACUCCAGAGGGUGGCCCCUGUGGCACGAACACGUCCCCACGGCGUGCGCCCGAGUGGACGCCCUGCGGUCACACGGCUACCCCAAAGAGGCUCUCAGGCUGGCCAUCGCCAUCGUCAACACGCUGCGGAGACAACAGCAGAAGCAGCUGGAGCUGUUCCGCUGCCAUAAAAAAGAGCUGCUCCACAGAGGCGUAACAUCCGUCACCAACCUGGAGGGCUGGGUGGGCCACCCUCUGGACCCCAUUGGGACUCUGUUCGCCACCCUCAUGGAGACGGGACGGGGGAGGGAUAAUGGCGCCGCCCUCGACUUCUCAGGCUCUUCGGGCUCGUGCCGGAGGACGGAGAAUCCCGUUUGUACGCCUCUGCCUUUCCUGGAGGACGGCGAGACGUUCGUGUCGCUGGCUGUGGAGACGGCUCUGAUUGGUUUAGGGCAGCAGAGGGUGAUGCCAGACGGCCUUUACGCCCAGGAGAAGGUGUGUCGCAACGAGGAGCAGCUACUGGCCAAGCUCCAGGAAGUGGACUUGGACGACACGCUGGUGAAGAUCCUCCGGAAGCAGGCCACAUUACUGCUAGAGGCUGGUCCUUACGGCGGUCUGGGGGAAAUACUCUACAGAGAGAGCGUCCCCAUGCACACGUUUGCCAAGUAUCUUUUCACCUCCCUGCUACCUCACGACGCCGAGCUGGCGUACAGAAUUGCACUGAGGGCCAUGAGGUUGCCGGUCCUCGAGUCCGCGGCCCCCUCUGCCGACUUGUCUCGGCCCCAGCACAUAGUGUCGGUGGUGCCCAACCGCUACCCUCGCUGGUUCACGCUGAGCCACAUAGAGAGCCAGCAGUGUGAGCUGGCCUCCACCAUGCUCACCGCUGCUAAAGGCGACCCCUGCAAGCUCCACACGGUGUUAGAAUCCAUCCAGAAGAACAUCCACUCAUCCUCUCACAUCUUCAAGCUGGCUCAGGACGCCUUCAAAAUCGCCACUCUGAUGGACAGCCUGCCGGACCUCACGCUGCUCAAGGUCUCCCUGGAGCUGGGCCUCCAGGUGAUGAGACUGACCCUGUCCACGCUGAACUGGCGGAGGAGGGAGAUGGUGCGCUGGCUCGUCACGUGUGCUACUGAAGUUGGCGUGUUUGCUCUCGACAACAUCAUGCAGAACUGGUUCACGCUCUUCACCCCGACCGAAGCCACCAGCGUGGUGGCCACCACCAUCAUGUCCAACAGCACCAUUGUCCGCCUGCAUCUGGACUGCAACCAGCAGGAAAAGCUGGCCAACUCCGCCCGCACCCUGGCGCUGCAGUGUGCCAUGAAGGACCCCCAAAACUGCGCCCUGUCCGCCCUGACGCUAUGCGAGAAGGACCACAUUGCCUUCGAGACGGCCUACCAGAUUGUACUGGAUGCAGCCGCCACGGGAAUGAACUACACCCAGCUGUUUACAAUAGCGCGCUACAUGGAGCACCGCGGCUAUCCCAUGAGGGCGUACAAACUAGCAACUCUAGCCAUGACGCACCUUAACCUCAGUUACAACCAAGACACGCACCCGGCCAUCAACGACGUGCUCUGGGCGUGCGCCCUCAGCCACUCGCUGGGGAAGAACGAGCUCGCGGCCGUGAUCCCCCUGGUGGUGAAGAGCGUCAAGUGCGCCACCGUCUUGUCGGACAUCUUGCGGCGGUGCACGCUGACGACGCCGGGCAUGGUGGCCCUGCACAGCCGCAGGAACUCCGUGAAGCCCAUGUCUCUGGACAAGGCUCCGCUCCGGCAGCUGCUGGACGCCACCAUCGGGGCGUACAUCAACACGACGCACUCUCGGCUGACGCACAUCAGCCCGCGCCACUACAGCGAGUUCAUCGAGUUCCUCAGCAAGGCCAGGGAGACGUUCCUGAUGGCGCACGACGGACACAUCCAGUUCACGCAGUUCAUAGACAACUUGAAACAGAUCUACAAGGGCAAGAAGAAGCUGAUGAUGCUUGUCCGAGAGCGAUUCGGUUGAGCCAACAGACUUCAGCGUGUUCUCGGACUCCGAAGAGAAAGUUCGUGGGAAUCUUACCGUUGGGAUUCAGGACUAAUGGCUCUAACAUGAGGAACAAGGUCCUAAGGCCAAAAAAACCCAACAACAAAAAAAACAAAAAACAAGACUGCAAUGUUGAAAUGUACUGAGCAUGAGCAGAGACAUUCUAGCGUUGGAAAGGCCGAAAGUGAUGAAGGCGAGACAUGAAUCCUGAUUCAAAGACAACCUUAAACCAACACCAGGGGGCAGAUGCAUGAAACUGUGUGUUGAUAGGGAGUUGGAAAAAGAAAUACCUUCCACCUUCCAGGGGAGUGAAAAAUAAUAAAUUGCAUCGCAAUUCCCCAGUAUAGUUACUUUAUAGCACCUUGUGGGAGUGUUAAACUCAUUAAAGAGUCAUUGAGAGGAAACAUACACAUCACAUGAUGUUAUUCCAGUGUACCGUGGGUACUAAGUGGUGUUGUGGGUCAAUUUCUGCAUAUAAUAUGAGGUUCCCUGUGAUUCCUAGCACUGUUUGUCAGAAUAUUGCCCUCACGGUAAUGAGCUUCAUGUUGCUGCCACACAGAAAUAGACACUCCAUAAAACUUCUGAUCAUUCCGGUCAUAGCCAGCUCCUGGUCGCAUCAGCCCCAAGAUGGUGGGCCCUAGUACGGCGUUGCACUGGUGAAGACAGUGCCGUGAAGCCAAGCACACCCGCCUGGUCCUGAUCCUGGAGCUUCUGAGAGACAAACGGUGUGAUUGCUAGUUCUCCUGCCAUCAUCUCCUUGCACACAUUCACUCGGGCGCUUGUGGAUUUUUUUUCCCCCCGUCCCGUCAACUGUAUGCAUUAACAAUGUCUACAGUGCCGAAAUCGGUAAAGUCAACUGCUGAUGGCAUCAGGUGUUUAUGCCUAGAUGCAGUAUCGACUCAGUUGCUGGAUGUCAAUGGACAUCCUUGUUAUGGGCAUUACAGGCAGACCACUCUUAACAUUUUAGAAUUUGGUUAAUUUCCGGUUAAUCCUCCCCAGUUUUAGCCUAAACUAAGAGUUUAGCAUGUUUUCCACCAUCUGAUCACCUCUAACAAAUUUUCGACACAAGGGGACAUUCUAUUGUGGACCAGUUUUUAUUAUUAUUUAAUAUUAUAGCAUUUAUUAUUUUUUAUAUAUUAUCGCCUGGAGCUAUUUCUUUAGCCUUCCUGCUAUGGCAGCAUAAUAUCAGGAAAACAUUUAGUUGUGAUAUUAUUGCCUGAUAUUGAUGAAAUCAAUUACCGUUUCCACUGACAAUUUGAGCCCCUUUUUGGGUAUAGAGGGCAGUGACAGUCCAUCGAUAGGACUGCUGCAAUAAAAUAUUUGGCUAAGACACUACAUUCCCUCUGUCAUGUGCAAAUCAGCACCUCCUGGUGUAAACAGCAACAGAUGUCUUACUUUCUCCAUGUACGUAGAAGCUUUAAAAGCAUCCAAACGAAGAUCUUUGAACAAAUCGGCUUCUAAGUUUUAACUCAGAUGAGAUGCUGACUAACUGGACUGCUUAGAUUUGAUGUCAGUCAUAUUUCAAACAUGUCUGGGCUAGGGUUUUUUUCUCCUCCUUAAAAGUGUGUGAAAAGGUGUAGACAUGGCUUUAUUACACACGAUGUUUCUGCAUCUGAUCCCUGGUCUGGAUGUAUAAGGACCUGAAGGUUUAAAGGAGGUGUCGGUACCUGGAUGUUCCUUUCUUUACCUUUUAUGUGUAUGAAAAGGAGAGUGUUGUCGUCCAGCUGCUGAAACGCCUCCAGCUCCCCCCCCCCCCCACCCCAUCUAACGCCCACGGCCUCAAAGAGAAGACAGCUGGCUUUAAACCAAAUGGAGUGACUCCAUCUGAAAAUGACGAUUACCUCUUGUUUUUUGUUUUUCAAAAAAAAAAAAAAACUCAAUCCAGCUUUACUCCUUUAACCCCCCCACCCUACACCCUCCGAGUUCAUCUGGCGAAGCUGAAAUGAGCGAGAGCAGCGUCAGAGUUCAUUUGGCCGCCGUUUCGCCAGGCUUCCCCGAUGUCCCCCCGCGUUCAGGCCGCUCCUGCCGGGAACGCAGAGAAGUGUCAACGCUCACUCACGUGGAAGCUGUCAAACUACAAUCUCAGGGAUUUCUCUCCAAAAGCAGACAGAAGAAGAGAACAAAAGCAUUGUGUGUGUCCUGUAUAUAUGAAAGCAUAUGUCUGAUUAUGGGGGGGGGGGGACGAAACGUGUACGUUAGCUAAUUUAUGACAGAAUAUUCUAUGUAAGGCACAAUACUUGAAGCUGCAGUACUUUGGGUUUUUGAAUAAUAAUAAAAAAAAAGAGAAACAUAUCAGUAGGACUUGUAAACGUUGGCCUUGCGUUGCGCCAGGAGGGCGACGCGGCGCCCUGCGGGCACGGACCGAGCUGCAGGGGGCGUCUCCUCGGCACGCCCCGGCCCCUCUGUAACGUCCACGCCUCUUCCUCUCCCGCCUCCACUCUGUGCAGGGCACAAAGCUGCUCUCUGCAGCGGCCCUCGACUGUUCCACGUUCCCCCGACUUUCAUCUCUCCGCCUCUGCGACCUGAUCUGCUUCUGUCUCUUUCUAGUAUUCACUCACAGGACCAGCCUUCUCUCUCUUGCCUUGUCUUAAUGCUUUAAAUGAACCAAAUGGGAGUUGGAAGUACCAAACUGUUUUCCUCCGCCGACGGACUUGUGUUACAGCCUCUUUGAUUUUUUUUUUUUUUUUUUGUAGCUGGACUGGCUCAGUGCUGUGUGCUUUAAAAAGCUCAUCUCAUCCUGUUCCUGGUGUCGUCUGUUUGUAGCGCCUUCGUGUAGAGACGGCUAUCGCUCCUUUUUUAUUUAUUGCGUCAGGUAAAUGAUUGUACGACCAUGUCAACAUGCUCAUGAAUAUGAAGAUUUGAUACACUGAUCAAUUUAUUUAUGUAACUAAAUCACUGUUUUAUAAACUUGUUAAUGAAUCAACUUUUUGUUCUGAUUAAAUUAGUUUUUUGAGAGGA